AGAGAAGGAUGUUUCGGCUCAUGGUGAAAGCAACCGUCCUAGGUUGCCAAGAAUAAAUUCUCUUGAUGCUAUGGAGACUUGGAUCAGUCAGCAAAAGGGGAAAAAGCUCUACCUUGUUUUGAUAAGGUAAUACUCCAUGUUGCAUCAGAGUUAAGUAACGUGAAGUGAAUCUUGAAAGCGGUUGCAUAGAGAGCUUUUUUUUUUUCUGCUCGGGAUACUCCAUAUGGUUCUUACUCUCUUAGCAAGCAGAAACUCUGACAAACUUGUCCUAGCUGGCGAAUGUACUGUUGUUAUUGGGCCCUCUGCAACCAAUUUCAGUUCAAUUCUACAUGUUCCUCAGGCUAAGAAUGGAUAAUCAUUUUAAGUAUGAUAAAUUCCUAGAGUGUAUUUUGAUGCAGCUUUUUUUAAGUACCUGCCAAUUGAAAGUGUGUAGAAACUAGAAAGAUAAGUUAGCUGAAGCAGACCCUCUAUAAGUUUCUCCCUUGUAAAAUGGAAUUUAAUCUUCAUAUGCUUAGCACGCUCAUGAUACAUUGGGUUUUUAGCUGUAUGUACUGUAGACUGGCUAUUACAGUGCAGAAGAACAUGAUGUGUAGAGUCGGACUUAUAAUUCUCUAGUAACUUGGCAAGCCAAAUGAGUUUUGCAGCAGCUUAAGGCAUUUUUCUGUAUUCAGCUUAUGAGGAAGACAUGAACAUGAUGGGUUACUAAUUAGAUUUUUAGCUGAUUGAUGAUUUUCCAAGCUUGGUUUUCUUGAACUGGACUGAAGUAUGUGAUCUUAGUAGCACCUUGAAGUAGAAUUCCUUGAUGAACAGACCCGUUCACGUGUGAUAGCAUAUGAUAUAAAGCAUGGAGAUGAGAAAUUUAAGGAUGCUACUUGAACCGAUUCAAGGUCUGUAACUCUUCUUCAUGGUUUGAUACGAGGUGAAAACAUGGAACUUGGUCGUGAUUCUGAUACUGGUGGUCAGGUAAAAUAUGUAGUUGAGCUUGCAAGGGCUCUUGGUUCAAUGCCAGGAGUUUACCGAGUUGAUUUGCUAACUAGGCAAGUUUCAUCUCCUGAUGUGGAUUGGAGUUACGGAGAGCCAACUGAGAUGCUGAAUCGGACAGAUUCCAAUGGUUUUGACGAUGAUAAUGACGAUGAUGAGAUGGGAGAGAGCAGUGGUGCUUACAUUGUUCGUAUACCUUUUGGACCUAGGGAUAAAUAUAUCCCAAAAGAAGAGCUUUGGCCUUAUAUUCCAGAAUUUGUUGAUGGUGCUUUAAACCACAUAGUCCAGAUGUCCAAAGUUCUAGGUGAACAAAUUGGUGGUGGGGAAACAGUUUGGCCAGUUGCUAUUCAUGGACAUUAUGCUGAUGCUGGUGAUUCUGCUGCUCUGCUCUCUGGUGCUCUAAAUGUUCCGAUGCUUUUAACAGGGCAUUCUCUUGGCCGAGACAAGUUAGAGCAGCUCCUCAAACAAGGUCGAAUGUCUAAAGAGGACAUAAAUAAUACAUACAAAAUGAUGCGUAGGAUAGAAGCCGAAGAGCUAUCACUUGAUGCCUCUGAGAUAGUCAUAACUAGUACAAGACAAGAAAUAGAAGAGCAGUGGCGGCUCUAUGAUGGGUUUGAUCCCGUGCUAGAACGUAAACUCCGAGCAAGGAUGAAGCGUGGUGUAAGCUGUUAUGGAAGGUUCAUGCCCCGUAUGGUUGUUAUUCCUCCUGGAAUGGAAUUCCAUCAUAUUGUUCCACAUGAGGUUGAUUUGGAUGGUGAAGCAGAAGAAAUUGAAGAACAUCCCACAUCACCUCCGCCUAUCUGGACUGAGAUAAUGCGCUUCUUUACUAACCCAAGAAAACCAAUGAUCCUUGCCCUUGCUAGGCCUGACCCAAAGAAGAACAUUACGACUUUGGUCAAAGCAUUUGGCGAAUGCCGUCCAUUAAGGGAGCUAGCUAACCUAACUCUUAUUAUGGGUAAUCGGGAUGGUAUUGACGAGAUGUCUAGCACCAGCUCUUCAGUUCUCAUGUCAGUGCUUAAGCUAAUUGAUAAAUAUGACCUUUAUGGUCAAGUUGCAUAUCCCAAACAUCACAACCAAGCUGAUGUUCCUGAAAUUUAUCGUUUGGCAGCAAAGACGAAGGGAGUCUUUAUUAAUCCAGCUUUUAUUGAGCCAUUUGGGCUAACUUUAAUAGAGGCAGCAGCUCAUGGUUUACCAAUGGUCGCUACAAAAAAUGGAGGCCCUGUUGAUAUCCAGAGGGUUCUCGACAAUGGCUUGCUUGUGGAUCCUCAUGAGCAGCAGUCUCUUGCUACUGCUUUGCUGAAGCUUGUUGCAGAUAAGCAAUUAUGGGCAAAAUGUCGGCAGAAUGGACUUAAAAAUAUCCAUCUGUACUCGUGGCCUGAGCAUUGCAAGACAUACUUAUCUCGAAUAGCAAGUUGCAGACAAAGACAGCCUCAGUGGCAAAAACCUAGUGAUGAAGGGAUUGAAAAUGAGGAGACUGAAUCUCCAAGUGAUUCGUUAAGAGACAUAAAAGAUAUAUCUCUAAAUUUGAAAUUCUCAAUAUCAUUAGAUGGAGAUAAGGGUGAAGAUGUUGAGAGUCUCGGAAAUGAUGGCAAAAACAAUCUUGAGAAUGCUGUUAUGUCAUGGUCAAAGGGUGAUCCCAAAGAUGCUCGUAAGGCUAGGUUCUCGGAUAAAGGAGAUCUGGCUUCUAGUAAAUAUCCAGCUUUUAGAAGGAGAAAACAUAUAUAUGUUAUUGCUGUAGAUGGAGAUUAUGAAGAUGGACUUUCUGAUAUUAUUCGAAGGAUAUUUGAUGCUGCUGAUAAGGACAAGACUGAAGGUUCCAUUGGGUUUAUAUUGUCAACCUCCUAUUCUAUGCCAGAGAUUCAGUCAUAUCUGCUAUCGAAGGGCUUCAAUCUUAAUGAUUUUGAUGCAUACAUAUGCAACAGUGGCAGUGAUUUGUACUAUUCAUCUCUGACCCCCGAGGAGAGUCCUAUUGUAGCAGAUUCAGAUUACCAUUCACAUAUUGAAUACAGGUGGGGUGGAGAAGGCCUCCGGAGGACUUUGCUUCGCUGGGCAGCUUCAAUUGCUGUAAAGAAAGAUGAUAACGAAGAACAAGUUGUCACUGAAGAUAAUGAAGUUUCUACGGAUUAUUGCUUUGCUUUCAAGAUAAAGAACCAAGAUAAGGUUCCCCCUAGCAAGGAGCUCCGCAAGUCGAUGAGAAUUCAGGGUCUUCGCUGCCAUGUGAUCUAUUGUCAAAACGGGACUAAAAUGAAUGUGAUUCCCGUACUGGCAUCUCGUUCUCAAGCCCUCAGGUAUCUAUAUGUUCGUUGGGGCGUUGAUCUGUCAAAGAUGGUGGUCUUUGUUGGAGAAUGUGGAGACACCGAUUAUGAAGGCUUGCUUGGUGGAGUCCAUAAGAGUGUAAUCAUGAAGGGAGUCAGCAAUAAAGCAUUUAAGUCUCUCCACGCUAACAGAAACUACCCUCUUACACAUGUUGUGUCGCUUGACAGCCCCAAUAUUGGAGAGGUGGGGGAAGGGUGCAGCAGCUCUGAAAUCCAGUCCAUUGUGACAAAACUCGGAAAUUCCAAAGCCUAAUCAGAAAUCUGCUGUAUGGUCCAAGUCCCAGAAACAUCAUGUACUGCUUUUGAUAUAAUUCAGAAUCACAGUUUUUACAGUUGGUUCAGUAGCGAUUAGUCGCUUAAUAAUCAUAUAAUUAUACUACCACUGUCAAAAAGUAGCAUCGGCCCAAGUGUAACAAUAAAGGUGCAAAUGCUAGUAUGGAAAAUGAGUACUAGCUGCACUUAUUCUAUCCCUCCCCUGGAUUAUUUCCCUGUUUCAUGUACUAAUUUUCUGAAAAUGUACAGCAUAGUGAAUUUUCUUUAGAUUUGUGUUUAUUUCAUUCAUUCCUGUAAUCCGAAAAUCUGUUCGACGUGGUGGUUUCAGUUUU